AUGGCGCCCAAAGAGUGCACACUCUGCCACACGCCCCGGCAGAUCCUGGUCCGGUGUCAGAUCGACGAGUCAGGGGUCUGGAACUUUCUGUGUCCGGGGAAGUGCUGGACCUCUGUAUCUGGCGGCGUCGAGGACGCCAGAGGGUUCGAGGGCCGGUAUCCGCGGUAUCGGUACGGCGGGAUGUGGAAGGAUAGACACGCCGAUGGGCCUGUUAGCGCGAAGAAGCCUGGGAGAGUCAAGGAGCGGCAGAGGGUUGAGGCUAGGCGGAGAAGGGAUGCGCUGGGUGCGGAGGCGCGGAACCGGGAGGGCAGCGGGGAGGUGGGCGAGCAGGAUGUCGACGACGAGACGGAUGGGGAUCGGGAAGUUGAGGACGUAGAGAGAAAGGGGGCUAUGACGCAGGUUCAGGAUCCUGGGGAUGCGGCGUGA